CUCGCAGCCAGCUCUUUUCUACGUUAGGUCGCUGGAGUUUGUUCCGCAUCAGAAGCUGCGCUGCUUAUCAAUAUAUUUAUUAUUAAUAAUCUAUAUUGGAGUUUCUCUUAUGAGGAAAGCAACGAGGAACCGCUCCAGUUCUCCUCCUAUUCACGUGCACGUCAACGAGGACACACCUGUCCACGUGCACGUGAAGGGUCACAGGACGCAUGCUGCCAAACCCCCCCAGGGGAAGACCAAGCUGGAGAGAGGAAACCUCCGUCCCACAGCCACGGUCAAAACUCGAGUGCCAUGGAUUCCACCAGGAAAAGCCUCAACACGAGACGCCUCAUACAAGUGGGAGGGACCAACGCACCACCUUGAGAUCACGCCACUGCUCGCCGAACCAGAGCCGGAUCAGUCGCACUCUGCAAUGCGAUUGGCUGAGCUCACAUCAGAGCAAGAGGAAGGGCUUCACGGACGAAUCAGCCAGUAUGAGAGGAAGAUUGACAGCUUGAUGACAGAAGUCAGCUCUCUGAAGAAUAAGGUGGAACUGCGGAAAAGAGAGCAGCUGCUGGAGCGCCGGUCGGAGCAGCUGAGCGUCUCCCAGCGGGUGAUCGCCGAGCAGGAGGUGGAGCUGGCUGAGGUGACCAAGGAGCUGGAGGAGACUGAGCGGGAGAACACGCGGUUACGUCUGUCCAUGGAAAAGUGGCUGGAGGAGAGCGACAGAUUAGACCGGGACAACACGCAACAAGACAAAGACGCUCUGCUCCGAAAGCUGAUGGAGGCUGAGGUGGACGGAGCCGCGGCAGCUAAACAAGUCUCAGCCCUGCGAGAGUCUGUUUUCAAAGUGUGUGGUUCUGGUAGGCUGUCAGACUCUUCAGUCUUAGGUCGUCAGAAGGAGCUGCUGCUGCAGAAGCUGGAAACGUUUGAGGCCACAAACCGAACGCUGCGGCACCUUCUCAGAGAGCAGCACAGAUCCCAGGUGGAUUCGAUGCGGCUGUCGGAGCAGAAGGAUUCGUUACUGAAGAGACUCGCAGACACUGAGGCAGAAAAUGCUUUUCUUGUGGUGAAACUUCAAGAGAGAGAAAAAGAAGUCGAUCAACUGUCGAAACGUCUCGAUAUUGAGAAGGAAAACACGAAGAGCACAGCUGAUCUGUCCAAGAGUCUGGAGUCAACGAGAGCUCAUCUACAGGGACAGCUCCGCAGCAAGGAGGCCGAGAACAACCGGCUCACUGUGCAGAUGAAGAACCUGGAGCGAGCGGGCGACCAGCAGAAGGCAGAGAUGGAGCACCUGAAGGAGCAGCUGACGAGGCAGAAGGAGCAGGCCUGCACCGACCGAGAGGCCCUGAAACGAGCCACACGAGCCCAGAAGCAGCGAGCUGAGCGCGGAGAGGACGCCGCUGGCCAGCUGAGCAAGCAGCUGCUGGACACGGAGAAGCAGGUGUCAGAAGCCCUGUCUGCAGCUGAGACCUGGCAGAGCCAUCAUGCCCAGGAGCUGAAAGACAAGAGCAAGCUGGAGAUUGAACUGUCGCUGCUGAACAGUCGUAUCAUGGAACUGACGGAGCAGCUUCAGAGGUCAGAGGAGAAAGGUCGAGUGGAGAGAGAGGCUCUCCUGGAUCGACUGCACGGACUGAACACCGAGAGCACCACCGCCCGACUGGAGAAGCAGACGCUCAAGGCCACAGUGGCUGGGAUGGAGGAGAAGCUGGCCUCCUGUCAGUCGGAGCUUCAGCAGGUCAAAGCUUCCAUCAAGCAGUAUGAAAGCCUGGUGGACAGCUACAAGAUCCAGGUGGGGAAAACGCGGGCUGAGGCAGAUGAGUACUGCAGUCGGCUGGCUCGGGCGGAGCGGGAGGCCCAGGCCGUGCGGGUCAGGCUGGAGCAGGAGGUGGAGGAGGUGCGCAGGGAGCUGCUGGGACGGCUCACGGAGCUCGAGCCUCUUCCCGACACCUUACGCCAGACAGAGCUGCAGCUGCAGGAGGCUCAGGACCGGGGACGCAGCCAGGAGAGACGCAGCCUGGAGCUCAGCACGACCCUCACUGAUCUGCGCAUGAAGGUGGAGACUCAGGGAAGUCAGGUGGAGCUGUUCAGACAGAAGAACAAGGUUCUGCUGGAGGAGAACCGACAGCUGCAGCAGCGAGUGGAGACGUUUGAAAGGAAGCUGGAGGAGACUGACAGUCAGAACAGCGACCUGCUGGCGGUCAUCACCAAACGAGAAGACGCCAUCCACAACAACCAGCUCCGUCUGGAGGAGAAAACCAGGGAGUGCUCCCUGUUGAGCAGGAAGCUGGAGGAGGCUCUGGAUGAUGCUCGGCAGCAGAUGUCGGAUUCCAGAGAACGUGUCACCACCAAGGAGCGCUCCACCCAGGCCAAGAUGGUGGACCUGGAGACUCAACUCAGCAGAACCAGCUCAGAAAUCAACCAGCUGCGACGGUCCAAAGAGGAGGUGGAGCGACGCUAUCAGAGCCGACUGCAGGACAUGACCGAUCGUCUGGAGCAGUCGGACAGCACCAACCGAAGUCUGCAGAACUACGUCCAGUUCCUCAAAGCUUCAUACGCCAACGUGUUUGGAGAUGUGUCCCUCAGCAGAUCCCUGCAGGCGCCCUCCCCCAUCUGAAGGGCCGUCCCUCAGAGGAGCUCCACAGGGACUGAGGGAAUUAUGAGCAAACUCAGACUGAGAUGAGUUCAGAACUGAUCAUGUUGGUAUUUUCCUGAGACAACGUGAGUCCCGUCCCUCUCAGGGAAAGUGCCAGCAGAGACGACCAUGAAGACCUUCCCUCGCCACAUUUCAAAUAUUUACUGUGAUUUAAAGAUCAAACCUCAACAGUGAAGUAUUUUCAGUUUCAUUGACACUGAUGUGUUUCUCUGGUCAGUUGAGCCGGUGCCUUGAAGCGUUUCAGGCUGAAGGUUUUAUUUCUAAUGCCAAAAGCUGCAGAACUUGUAAAUUGUCUUCAUGAAGCGCAGCCGAGCCUUAAAGGGUUAAUAGAUCUGUUACCACAACAAGCAGCUGUUCUGUGAGUUUUAAAUGAACUGUUGAUUUAUUUUUCAUUUGUAUAAAAGUCUGACGUCAAACCA